AUGGAAGUAGUUGUUGGUCCAGUUGCGAGUACUAUUAAGAAUUGGAAAGAUUUUGUCAGCAUCGAUAAUAACCGGUCAAAAAAGGUGAAGAAUCAGUUCAACGACAAGUAUUUUUCUUGUGACGCCUACACUUGCAAAUUUUGUGAUCACGAAUUUACUUAUUACUCGAGAAACGGGCCCCGUACAAUCAUCAAACAUCUACAAAGACACCAUCCAAACGAAAUCUACGCUGCUGAAGGUAUGUCCAUGACUUCCUCCUCGGCUGCUGCUACCGCUGCCGCCGCGGUCGCUGCCCAUCAUCAACUGUUGAAUGAUCCAUCUAUGGUCACCACUCCGGCCGUCACAGUUAUUAAAGUUGACCCUCACCAUAAUCAUAUACCAUCGCAUGAAGAAGAAAUUCUGAGUCCUGGUAGUAGUACCAUGGUUAAGCAUCUUCGCCAUCAUAAUCACAAUCACCAGGUGGUGCCACUUCAUCAGACAAAUGAAAUCACUCAAACUAGCAGUUUCAACACAGACUCAUUGAUAAUGAAUGAUAUUCAAAUAAAACCAUACCAGCAUCCAGGUAACUCGGUUACUGCAAAUGAUUUAGAAUUAACAGUUAAAGCGGCUACCAAACAAUGGAAAUUCCAUUUCACUUAUGAUGAGGGCAAAACUUCGAAGCUCAGAGAAGAACGUCCAGAUUCAAGAUUUCUCAAUGAAGUUUACGACUGCAAGUACUGUGUAAAACAAUUUAUUUAUUGUUCAAGGAAUGGACCAGGUACUCUCGUCAAGCAUUUGGAAAGAUUCCAUCUAUCGGAAGUUUUGCACCAAAACCCAGCAAUUGUGAAAAACUCGGAAAUGUAUAAUGCUUUGAAGAAGACCAUUGGACAAAAUGACAAUGUUUCUAUUGAUGACGCUGACUCAUUAAAUAAAAAUGGAGAGCCUAAUAGUACUGAAGGUCUUACAAGUAAUGAUGCAGUGAAUCUUUUUGAAAAUGAGUGCUUAGCAAAUUUGCUACGUAUCUCUAAAGCUGCAAAAGAUUGGAAGAAACACUACGUCAAGAAUGAGGGCAAAACCGCUAAUUUACUUUCUCAAGCUUCAAAUAAUUUGAGCUAUGGUGGUGACAGACAUUCCAAGUUGAAUCAAGAAGUUUAUGAUUGCAGAUAUUGUGGUAUUUCUAAAAUUUACAUUUCUAGAAAUGGUCCAAAGACUUUAACUAAACAUUUAGAAAAACUGCACAAAAAGGAAUUGUUAGAGAAUAACAAUAUCGCCCCAAUUUUUAAUACUGAAUCUGUUUCUGAUAGUAGAAAAAGAGCUGCUCCCGAUUCGUUGGUUCAUGUUCCACCUGAUCAAACUUCUAAUGAAUCACAUCAUAUUGGAGCCACAGAUUUGAUUGAAAUGGCUCUUGCUGGCAAUUUGAAACGUCAAAAACCGAAUGAGCCGUCACAACAAUCGACAGAGCACGACUAUUCUCAUUCAAAAUUCCAUGAGGAUAUCAUCAAAUUCUUAAAUGAGAACAAACUCUAUAUUCAGGUGGUAAAAUCCCAAUCUUUCAAAAACUUGAUUCAAAAUAUGAGGCCGGAUUUGGUUCCUGCUUUGGAUGACUUGAAAACUUUGUACAGUUCAUUUUUGCACUUGAUGAAUAAUAGUCAAGAUGAUUCUGAUGCCAAUAAUCAUAUUGGACCAGUGCCAGCUGGACUUGCUGAAGUGAUUAAUGCUGAAAAAUCCAAAGAGAAAGAGAAUGAGAAUCUGAAAAAUGCUGAGGUAACUAUGGGAAUAGAUAAUAUCGCGACCAUGACUUCGAGUAUUGAAAAUUCAAUUACUCAGCACAAUUUGUUGAACUCAAGUUAG